AUGCUGGUACAGAUCCUCCCGAGCUAUGGCGUGGAUAAGAUAGCCCCCAAGGCUAUUGGGAGGCGAUUGAUACAGACAAAAACUAUGUUCCGGGGUUGUCAGGGCUGCCUCCCUGGCUGGCAGCCUCGAUGGUUUCUUCUCUGUGGUGGCAUCCUGUCCUAUUAUGACUCUCAGGAAGAUGCCUGGAAGGGUUGUAAGGGAAGCAUCCAAAUGGGCAUGUGUGAAAUUCAAGUUCAUCCUGCAGACAGCACACGAAUGGACCUGAUCAUCCCAGGGGAGCAAUACUUCUACCUGAAGGCAAGAAAUGCAGCUGAAAGGCAAAAGUGGCUGGUUGCGCUAGGAACUGCCAAAGCCUGUCUGAUUGACAGCAGAACGCAGAAGGAAAAAGAGUUCACUGAAAGCACAGAAGCCUUGAAGACUAAAAUGUCUGAACUUAGACUGUACUGUAACCUCCUUGUUCAGCAAGUGCAUAAAACGAAGGAAGCCAGCAUUUCUGGUGUAUCAGAACCAGAGAGCGGGAUUGAUAUGGGAGCUCUGUUAAAAUCAACCUGUGACACCUUCCUGAAGACUCUUGAAGAAUGUAUGCAGAUUGCAAAUACUGCCUUCACUUCUGAGUUAUUGCAUCAGACCCCGCCUGGAUCCCCACAUUUAGCAGUUCUCAGAACGAACAAGAUAAAGCACUCUGUCUUGUCCAGUCACACCUCAACGGAAAGGUCAUUGCAGAUGAACCCCUGUGAAAAUGGCUCUGUAAAAGCAGAAAUUAACCAUCAAGAGCAAACCCUUAUUAAAAGUCUGGAAUGUUUAAACCCAGAAACAAAUGAGGGGGGCAGUGAUGUUUCUGUUGAAGACCACAUAGCAGAGGAUUUGGCAGGCAUUAAAGAAGAUGGAGAGAGCAAGCUGCAAGCUGUAGAAAGCUUUGAUGCCCACAAGUUGCUGCAGUCGGAAACGAAUUCUUUAAGUGGAUUGACUCUGUGUGAGGAAGACAGAAAUGAAAAUGAUUCUCCUACCUUCUUCAGUGUCAUGAGCAAUAGGUUCAGCGAUAUUGAACUUCGGGAGGAAGAGGGCAUACCAACAGAAGAGUUUCUGGAGUCAUGUUACGCAAUUGUGCCCGUUCUGGACAAGCUGGGACCAACUGUUUUUGCUCCUGUUAAAAUGGAUUUUGUAGGUAACAUCAAGAAAAUAAACCAGAAAUUUAUAACCAACAAAGAAGAGUUUGAUACCCUUCAGAAGAUAGUGCUCCAUGAAGUGAAUGCCGGUGUAGCACAAGUUAGAAACUCUGCUACGGAGGCUCUCCUGUGGCUGAAAAGAGGCUUAAAGUUCUUGAAAGGGUUUUUGACAGAAGUGAAGAAUGGGGAAAAGAAUAUCCAAACAGCUCUGAACAAUGCUUAUGGAAAGACAUUACGGCAGCACCAUGGUUGGGUUGUCCGCGGGGUCUUUGCGUUAGCUUUAAGGGCGGCUCCAACGUACGAAGAUUUUGUGGCAGCUCUGUCUGUAGAGGAGUGUGAUCCUCAGGAAGAAUCAUUUUACAAAGGAAUGCAGAGGGACCUCAACAUUUACUUACCAGCCAUGGAAAAGCAGCUAAAUAUCUUGGACACUCUCUAUGAAGUACAUGGUUUGGAGUCAGACGAGGUGGUAUGA